CAUAAUUUCACGAAUCACUGUUCAAAAUUGUCAUUUGUCAAUUUACAAUUGUCAUUUUGUUCACCUGCGCGUUUAGCUGGAAUUCGCUCAAUUUAAAUAAAUAAAAUAACUUUCUACUAUUACCUAACAACAUAAUUAAUAUUUGAUUAAUAUUUACUAUAAAAAUUAUUUGCCUCCUUCAUAAGUAGUCAAUAAGAUAAUAAAUGAGUUACAUACUAACCUAAGUUGUAUAUCGCUAGGAACAGUUGUUGCGUGUUUUAAAUGCUUAUGGGAUAAUAUACUGCACGAUGGGUGACAAAAUAAGGAUUGAUUCAGGGUUUGACAUGAAGGGAAACUAUGAGCCAUCAGAUUCAGAAGAUGAAUAUUCAGAUGAAAAGGAAAUAUUGGCAAAAGUAAGAAAACGAAAACAUGAUUCUGAUAGUGAAGAAGAACUUUAUGGAUUUUCAGAGUCUGAUGAAGAUUCUGAUAAUAAAAAGGAUGAUUUAGGCAUAGCUGAUAGUGAUGUUGAAGGCCAGGAAAAGUCUGAUGAUGACUUACCAGACUCGAAAGCAUGGGGAAAUAAGAAAAGGUCAUAUUAUGCCACUGAUUAUGUUGAUGAAGAUUAUGGAGGUUUUGGAAAUGAUGAAGAAGCUGCCCUUAUGGAGGAAGAAGAAGCCAAAAACAUACAAAAAAGGCUCUUAGAACAACUUGGAGAUGAAGAUUUUACACUAGAAUUCUUCAAUAAGCAAGUUCAAGAAAUUAAAGAAAAUGAAACUGUAAUUAAAAGUGACCUAAGCCAAAUGUCCAAAAGGCAAAAAUUACAGCUACUGGAAAAAGAAAGCCCAGAAUUUUCAGGUCUCGUAGAUGAUUUCAAGACAAAACUAACUGUUGCAAAAGAUGACUUACAUCCUGUUUUAGAGCUUGUUAAGGAUGGCAAACUGCCUAAGUGCCCAGCUUCAAAAUUUGUGAAGACAAAUUAUGAUCUGAUUCUUAACUACUGCACAAACAUUAGUUUUUACUUGCUUCUAAAAAGCCAAAAAAUUAAUAUUCAAAAUCAUCCUGUAAUAAAAAGGUUGUAUCAAUAUAGACAAAUGCUAAACAAAAUGGAGCCUAUUUACUUGGAAGUAAUUAAACCACAAAUAGACAAAAUAAUGCUUGCAGUAAGAAAUAAUUUGAAACUACAAGUAACUGAACUACAUGAAGAAAAGAAAGAAAGCAAGAAACGAAAAUCUGAUAAAACAAUAUCUGAAUCAACACAAAAACUUAAGCUUAUUAGUACAAUGGAGAAAGAUGAUGGUGGGGAUACAGGAGUGUCAGAUAAUGAGGAAGAAUAUGAAGGAAAUGAUUAUUUCAAGAACAGUAAUAAAAUGGAAAAUGCACAUAGAGGUAAUGAUGAAUCAGAAGAAAGUGGCUUUUCAGAUAAUGAUGAUAACUCUCCUACUGAAGUAGAAAAUGAUGAGAAUAAACCUUCAACAUCCUCCCAAGACAUGAUCAAUGAAGAACUUGGAGACAAGCGUGAAAUUACAUAUCAAAUUGCUAAAAACAAAGGUUUGACACCACAUCGAAAGAAGGAACAAAGGAAUCCUCGAGUGAAACAUAAGCUUAAAUACAGAAAGGCAAAGAUAAGGAGGAAGGGUGCUAUCAGGGAGCCCAGAACAGAAAUUUCCAGAUAUGGUGGAGAAUCAUCAGGCAUAAAAGCCAAUGUUAAAAAGAGCAUUAAAAUUAAGUAAACAACUUCAUAUUUAUUUUCUCAUUGUGUAACAGCAUUAUUUUAUUUUGAUUUCUGUAUUAAAGUUGUACUCCACAUGA